CGGUUCCAGGCCCCGAUGCCGUGGAAGCCGGAAUUGAACCAGCACGUACCCGUUGCAGAAGCAAGGACGAUCCCACAAUCGUGUGUGUGUGUGUGUGUCUCUGAGCUGAACGGUCUGCAGAGAAAGAGAGCUACCGAGGUCCUCAACCUGCUGCUACGAGACCUCAGUGACAUCGGCGCCAUCAUCGGCACCAGUGAUGUCAACACAGCUUCCUCAGAGUCAAAGGGGAACGGCUCAGCGGUGGAGGAGGAGUUCACAUCAGCAAGUUCAAGUCUGAGGUCAAGUCUCUGGUGAACCGCAGCAAACAGCUGGAGAGCACGCAGGCCGACGCCCACACAAA